GGCGCGGGGCCGGCCGGGUCGAGCGGGGCCCGGAGCGAUGGAGGCGGCGGCGGCGGCGGCGGCGGCGGCGGGGUCGAGAGGCGGCGGGGGUCCGCGGGUGGUGGUGGUGGGCGCGGGGCUGGCCGGGCUGGGGGCUGCGCGGCGCCUCCUGCCGCUGACCCGGCCGGGCUUGGCGGAGCUGCGCGUCUUGGAGGCCUCGGGCCGAGCGGGGGGCCGCGUCCGCUCCGCCAGGCUGGGAAACAAGGUGGUUGAGAUGGGUGCCCACUGGAUCCACGGGCCCUCCCCGGAGAACCCCGUCUUCUGCUUGGCCAGGGAGUACGGACUGCUAGAAGAGAGCGCCAUGUCAGAGGAGAACCAGCAGGUGGAAAUGGGGGGGCAUCUGCUGCUGCCGUCUGUCUGCUACUCCAGCCAGGGCCGGGAGCUCAGCCCGGGCCUGGCAGACUCCAUGAGAGUCCUCUAUUUUACCCUCUUGGAAGAAACACGCGGGUUCCUGGGUGCAGCCGAAGUGCCGGUGCCCAGCGUGGGCGAGUAUCUCAAAGAGGCGAUCGCUCAGCAGGUGAAGGAGUGGCCGGAGGACGAGGAGACGAAGCGCCUGAAGCUGGCCUUCCUCAGCAUGUGCCUGAAGGUGGAAACCUGUGUGAGUGGGACGCACAGCAUGGACCUGGUGGCGCUGGGCCCUUUCGGGGAGUACGCCACGCUCCCCGGCCUGGACUGCACCUUCCCCAGCGGCUACGAAGGCCUCUCAGACCGCCUGGCGGCCUCUCUGCCCAAGGACGUCGUGCUGUUCAAUAGAGUGGUGACCACAGUUCGUUGGGGGGGCUCCUACGUGGAGGUCGGCACAGGUCGGGUCUUCCCGGUGCGAGUAGAGUGCGAGAGCCGCGAGGCCUUCUUGGCGGAUCACGUUAUCAUCACCGUCCCUUUAGGUUUCCUCAAGGAACAUCACGAGACCCUUUUCUGUCCUCCACUCCCACCCCAGAAGGUGGCGGCCAUCAGACACCUGGGCUUUGGGACCAACAACAAAAUCUUCCUGGAAUUUGAAAAGCCCUUCUGGGAGCCAGCCUGCCAAGUCAUCGAGGUGGUGUGGGAAGGAGAAUCGCCUCUGGCCAAGGGCCCCACUGACUUGCCAUCCGCCUGGUUCCAAAAGAUCGGGGCCUUCAUUGUUCUCCACCCACCAGAGAGGUAUGGGCACGUCCUCUGUGGCUUCAUUGCUGGGGAAGAAGCUGAAUUCAUGGAAACCCUUACAGAUGCAGAGGUUCUCACAGCCCUAACACAAAUGCUUCAGCGAAUAACAGGAAAUCCACAACUGGCUCCUCCGAAGAAGAUGCUGAGGUCCAGGUGGCACAGCGAACCCCUCACCAGAGGCUCCUACAGUUACGUGGCCGUUGGCAGCUCUGGCGACGACAUCGAUGUGCUCGCCCGGCCACUUCCCGAGGAAGCAUCAGAUCCCACGCCACCCCAGGUUCUUUUCGCCGGAGAAGCCACGCACCGCACUUUCUAUUCUACUACUCACGGUGCCUUAUUGUCUGGCUGGAGAGAAGCGGAUCGUCUCAUCCGUCUUUACGAAAGCUCUGAAUCCCAGCAGUGCUCUUCUAGGCUGUGAGCUGUGUGGCUGGCAGCAGAGCUGUUCCUCUGCCCAUGGUAGCAGAGAGAGGUGGCACGUCGGAGCAGGGGCCGCUCUGCAAUCUUGUGACCAGUCUGCUGGGUGGACUGUCUUCUUGAGCCCAUUGCCGGGUAUACUAAUGCCAAAGGGCUUCUAAUGCUUUCUCUGUGUGCAACAGAUAAGCCUUCAGAAUAAAUAAUAGCUCUCUGACAA